AGGAGGCUCGGUCGCUGCUGGAAGAAUUCUUCCAAUCCCCUCUGGCUUAACUACAGCGACGGAAAACCCCCUUCCCUCCAUACAGGAAGCAUCUGCACUACAGCGUUGUAGGGGCACAACUGCGCCACUGUAGUGUAGAGGUGCCCAGGGCUAAGUGUCUAGUAAUAAGGAAGAAGAGGGAAGAAGUACAGGAUUUGGGGUGGGCAUCGGCACUCUACUCCCUUUAUUGGUGUGUGUGUCAUGCACUCUUGUUUUGCACUUGUGAACAAGCUGUUCAGCAGUGAAGAAGUUUAAAUUUCAUUUAUUGGAUUAUACUGUCAAUGAAAGAUCUCAAGAAAGAGAACCAUGUGCAACCACUUAUAUAAUGGAAAAACACCUUCUACUGUCGACCACAAAGAAUUCAGAGUGUGUCCAGUACAAAGGCCAAGAGAAAACCUGUUAAGAGCUUUAUCACAAAGUUUGCCUUUUACAGAAGGAAAUCGGCACAUGGUGUAAAAUUUGCUACCUCACAUAACACAAGCCAAACUGCUAAUUAGAACCGUGGCAUAUCCAAAAUAAAGGUUUCAGUCAAACAAUCAUUUGACUGAAUUGUUUAAUCAUUUUGUAAUUAUUAUUUGUGUUGUGAUAGCACCCAAAAUGUGCUAGGUGUUUUUACAGAGAUAGGCUCUUCCUUGAAGAGCUGAAGAAGCCAGACACUGAUGAUAAAAGGUGGGAUUAUAGUUACAUAGUAAAUCACUAAACUCUGUGUUUGAUCCAGAUAAGUCUCUCAACUUGUAAGAAAUAUAAUUCCUUGGUAAUCAGUAUUUAUGUAGAGCCCCGUUCUAAUAAAACUGUCACUGUGGCUCAGAUUUUAUCCAACAGGGUUACAGCAGUCUGCCCCAAAAAUAUAUAAGUAUGUCAAUGUAGCUGGCUCAGCUUUCUUUGGAGCAAAAUUGCAGCUUUAUUUUUCUUAUCAAGGAAAAUUUAGUUCAGUGGCGGUAAGCUUUUCAGUAUUUUUCUCUUGUAUAUUAUGCCAAACUCUGAGAUUGGUUCAGGGUCCAGACAAAUACAGUACGAGUUUUCUUUCCUAUCAGAUCAUUUACUUUACAGGGAAUUUUAAGGAUUCUGUCUUUACCGUGUACAUGUGAGGAAUCCAGAAAAUACAUGGUAAAGCCUUUCUGCCUUUAUCAACCAUCUGAUUGCUUGCAAAAUGUGGGUUUUCUUUAUAAAGUGGAAGGAUUUUGGUAAUCAUCUUCCUGAAGGUAUUGGAAUUAAAACUUUCACUUUUUUAUUGUAAACACAGAAUAGUUGAAUUAUGUAUACACAGAGGAUUUUCUAGGAUUGCAGUUACUUGCAAUCUUCUUCCUUUUAAAUUGGUAACAGAAAAAAGUCAGAUAAAGCAUCCUCUUUUCUAGAUUUUUAAGACUACCAGAAAACAAUUCCAUUAGUCAUUCUUCCAUAUAUUCUUUCUUCCACAUUGUGCAUUCCUAGAGUUUUAGUGCAACAAGGGAAGAUUCUGAUCAUCUAGUCAGACACAACACAGGCCAUAGAAUUACAGGCCAGUAAUUCCUGCUUCAAGCCCAGGAUUCAUUAAAAUUUUUAAAAUGAACUCAACAUCUGAACUAGCAUGGUGGCCUUUUGUAGCUGGUGAGCUUUUCGGUUAAAAUAAUCAAAGGAAGAAUUGGAAAAAACAUAUUACAUCACUAGUCUCCUGCCAAUUCAUGAUUGUUCCCUACACCAUUUUCUAGUGCUUUAGGCAAUCUAGUUUUUAAAGGGACUUUCACUUCCCUUAGGGUAUAUCUACAAUACAAACCUGCAGUGGUGCAUGUCCACACUACCCUCCUUAUCUUGGUGAAGUGUGUCCUCGCUAGGAGAGCAUCCACUGACCUAAGAGGGGCAGUGUGGGGAGCUGAGAGUCAGGUCUCUCAGAUCAGCCCCACGGGCUUCCAGUGGACUUCUUUCCCCCCCACCCCCGUUCCCCACUAGGCGCGGGGCAAGCAGCUCAGGGCCUCUGAUCAUGGGGAAUGGGUGGGGGGGGGCCGCUUGGGCUUCUUGCCCCAGUACCCAGCCAGGAGCGGGGUCCAAAGUCACCCCAGCUUCCAGCCAAGAGCAGGAUCCAAAGCUGCCCUAUCUCCUGGGGGAGCCGAGGCUUUCUUUUCAAUUUUAUGGCUCCUGCAGUGAAAUUAACAAGACAGCAGAUGUAAGGGACACAGUGUCUACACAGACAGUGUGUCACCCUAACUACACCGACAUAAGCCUUAAGCCUCUCGGGAAGGGUGGAGUUAUUUUGUCAGUGUAGUAGUGCAGUUGUAUCGGUGGGAGGAAGGCUGUAGUGUAGACACCGAUAUAAUUAAAUCAUCAUAAUCUUCCUUAUGUCGACCUAACUGUGUAAUGUUGACCAGCGGUUCUCAAACUUCAUUGCACUGCGACCCCCUUUUGACAACAAAAAUUACUACAUGACCAUGUGGGUGGGAGGGAUGAGACGACUGAAGCUUGAGCCCGAGCCGAAACUCUGGCUUCAGCUCCAGGUGAGGGGCUUGGGCUUUGGCUUCAACCCCAGGCCCUAGCAAGUCUAAAGCUAGCCCUGGUGACCCUAUUAAAAUGGGGUCAUGACCCACAGUUUGAGAACCAUUGCCUUAGACUAUUUCAGUGAAUUUCACUGUAAUAUCUUGGACAUGAGAGAGUGGGCACUUAGUUGUUUGCUUAAUCUGCUAAAGAUCCGAUUCUGUGCCUCCUCAGCGAUGGGCAGUUGAGACUUAGUGUAAGGGGGAAAAGAUGAAUUAAAGGAUAUUAUCUUUUUUAAAUAAGGAGCAACUUGUAUUUUAAAAUGCACAAACUACUACUACUAAAGUUUAAUUCUGUGCACAGACGAAGCAAGUGACAAUACAGCUGUGCUUCGCACAUUAGGGAGGAUACAUAUAAAAUUUCAGUCGUCUGCACAUACAGGUUAUGGAGGAAGACAUGCCAUAAUUUACAUACAAAGGCAAGCAAAAUAAAUUUAAAAAGAAUAAACAGCUAACAAUCUGUGUCUUUGAAAACAUCACUUGAUAUGAUAUACUUAGGCCAUGUGACUAAUGAAAUUUAUUAUAUAUGACAACUGAAUUAGACAUACUCAGCCUGUUUUGACAAUUUCUUUCUUUUGCAGAAGUCCAGGAAAGGUGAACUUAUGAAAUCAAAAUCUCUCAUCCAUCCAAAGGAGCAAUAAAUGAGGCCCUUUUCUAGAAGGGGCAAUGUCCAAAAUAACACGUUACCUUGUCAAUGAUGGUGUGUAGGAAGUCCCGGCAGACUUCCACUCUAAGGUUACACAGUAUAUGAGCAGCAAUAAAGAUAAGUGUUUCAAACUUGCUUUGGUGUCAGUCUGAAGUUGUUAUUCUGUAGCUUGAAUGAAAAGAGAAGCUAGGAAAGUGGGGGCAACUUUAUCACCAGUUGUGUCAGAUACUCAAUGAUUGACUGCUAAUAAUCAGGAUAGGACCCAGGGCACAUGCAAGAAAUGUGCAAGUGAGGCUUUUGGGUGACUGAUUUUGGUUAGAAGAGCCCAGUUUAGCUAGAGUGAGUAAAAACCCCUUUUGUGUUAAAACAUCAUUCAGCUUCCCAUAGAAUUUAGCUGCAGUGAGGCUAACCUGUACUUAUUGGGAAAUGUUUCUCCCCCUUCUCUUUUACAUUGUGAAAAUGUCUUGAACCAAUUUACAUGUAACCAUGGAGGCCCAGUUCAGACAUAUCAUAAUAUAAAAGCUUCUGUUAAUCUCUGGGUGCUUGUUUAAUGGGUGGUGUACUGAGUAUAUUCUAAUUUUGCCAUAAAUACUCCUUCAGGACUAACCUAUAUGGAAUUUUAUUUUUUUAUCAUGGUGAGUAUUCAGCAAUCUGAACUUCUUGCCUGGCUGCAAAGGAAGAGAACAUCCUGUGGAUUGUCGGUGUACUGCUGAGCUUGUAUGGUAGUCAUUUGAGUGGUUCCUCUGUUCUCAGUCACCAAAAAUGGUUAGAUCUUUAACCCUCAGAUUCCUGGAUAUCAUUGUUCUUGAUUAUAAGAGUGAAAAGGAGCUUAACAAGAGGUUUUCCCCUUCCAAUAAUUAAAAAAAGGACUGCAAGACACUGUCAAAGAUGGAUCAAUUAAAAACUUUGACUAUUAUACCUGUGAUCCUCUGUAUUCGGUUGUAAAAAAUUACAGUUUGAAAACAGAUCUGGAUUCUUUUCUUUAAAAAAUUUAUAAGAUAUAAAUCAACGUGUGUCGGAUGUUCAAUACCAUCUGUGUUUAAGGUGAAAAUGAACCAAUCCUCAGGAAAACAUUUAUAACAGUUAUUAGAAUAUCUGCAUCUCUGAAGGCAUAGUAACAAUCAAUAGUGCUAUAGGAGUGGGCAGAAUUAUAUUUGUUACAAAUAUCUGGGUGUAGGCACUCCUAUGCAACUAAAGGGAUUUCCAUCCAGUUGUGUGUGUAACAUGUUAUAUCACAUCAAUUAUGAUGUGAGGCUUAUUUGUUACACAUUGGCAGCUGUAAGUACGGAAACUAUUUUGAAAUAGGAUUUUAAUCUGAUAAUGUUCCUUAAAAUAUACAUCAAAAAUACUGUGUAUAAUACUUAUUUACAUCUUCAAAGUAUAUUACAAAGAUAACCAAUCCUCAUAAAUAUUCCUGCAGGAUAAGUAGGUAUCACUAUUUUACAGAUGAAGAAACUGAGGCAGAGAGAUCAUGGUUCUCCCAAGCCAGUGACACAGCCAGCAUCAAAGCUAGAAUUGGAUAGAUUUGUGCUUGGACCACAAAUCUAUAUGCAUCAUGGCCAAAGGAAGGCUACUGCAGGUAAUGGGCCCCAUCAUGACCGCUGCUGUGUCUACAAUGAAAGCAACUUGGUAGAUGGAAUUUACUGCCUGCCAAUAGGACACUGGAUCGAAGUCUCUGGACACACUGAUGAGAUGAAGCACACAACUGACUUCUAUUUUAAUAUUGCUGGCCAUCAAGCCAUUCACUAUUCCAGGAUUCUGCCAAACAUCUGGCUGGGAAGUUGCCCUCGGCAAGUGGAGCAUGUGACCAUCAAGCUAAAACACGAAUUGGGCGUUACGGCUGUAAUGAACUUCCAGACCGAGUGGGAUGUUGUUCAGAAUUCCUGGGGCUGUAACCGCUAUCCAGAACCCAUGAGCCCAGAGGUCCUUAUGAAACUGUAUAAAGAGGAAGGUCUUGCUUAUGUCUGGAUGCCAACCCCAGACAUGAGCACUGAAGGAAGAAUACAGAUGUUGCCUCAGGCUGUCUGUCUCCUGCAUGGGCUGCUAGAGAAUGGACACAUCGUCUACGUGCAUUGCAAUGCUGGUGUUGGCAGGUCCACAGCCACCGUCUGUGGCUGGUUAAAGUAUGUGAUGGGAUGGAACCUGAGGAAAGUGCAGUACUUUGUGGUCUCCAGGAGACCAGCUGUCUACAUAGAUGAGGAAGCUCUGGUUCGUGCCGAAGAUGAUUUCUAUCAGAAAUUUGGACCUCUUCGCUGCUCAUGCAAACCUUAGUGGUUGAAAAGCUGAUUGGAGGAGGGGAGAGAUUCAUCACAAAGUUGCCAACCCCAAGCAUUCAAAAUUCAUAAGUCAGACCCCCCAAAUUCGUGUGUGAGUGAGAGAGAGUGUGUGUGGAAAAUCAUGAGAUUUAAAAACAAUAAUUAGUUUAGUCGAUUUUUAUUUGCCUUCUGUUUUUUAGCCUUUGGGGUUCUUGUUUUCAAACUUUUCUCUGCAACCAGGAGGGCUAGGAACUUACUUUGCAAAGUGAAAGGUGAGAUUCUCAUGUACUCAUGUGACUCUAGGAGCUGGGACAAAUAUCACAAGAUACAGCCAUGCGAGAUGGCAAGACUGUGGUAAGAAGAAGGUGGAACAAUUCAGAAGUGCUAUAUAAAGAAAUAAAAGUCAACGGUGUGGUUUUUGGUUUUUUUCUGGCUUGGGUAGUCAGGGUUGUUUGACCAUUUCAGGUAGAGCCUUCUGUUUUGGUGUGUUUACAAAGACAUUUAUAAUGAAAUGGUCUGACUGAGAAAAAGAAGGAAAUUGAUUUAUGCAGUUCUGUUUUUGUAACAAACAGCAAGUUAAAUUCAAUUAAUUAGGCAAGAGCUGCCCUUUCUCUCUCGUUUAGGUUUAUAGUUAAUGUCAUUUAGUAAAAUUUACUGCUGUACUUCGUUAUGGUGCUGAGUGUACUCUAGAUGCUGUGCAUAAAGGUGGGGAAAAGUUCCAUUUAUACAUAUUUAAUCUACUGCAAGGCAGAACUCCUGGUUUAUUAGAUUAUCCUAGACUGUAAGAUUUCUGGUGCAGGAACUGUUUUUGUUUUCCUUGUCUGUACAGUGCCUAACACUGCCACAAUCCUUGAUUAGGGCCUCUUGGUGCCUCCACAAGAUAAAUAACAAUAAAGAAAAUUGAGUUAAAGCAGAAGGCUCUGGUGAGUGAGAGAGAGUGUGUGUGGAAAAUCAUGAGAUUUAAAACCAGGCUCUGCUGCCUGGUUUAGAGUUCCCAAGUGCAGUGUCCAUCGCAUUCCCCUAUUUGGCGUUGCUGGGAAGUUCUGCAAUACCAGCUGUCUCUUGCUCCUGUGGAAAACAAGAGCUUCCAUUGCUGCUCAGACAUUGCUGUCCCAUUAGCUAAAAACUAGGAAGGACACCACUAGGCUCCAGAGUCCAAACAUGCCCCACUCAGCCAAAAAUAGAUGCUGCAACUCAUGACCUUGAGGGGAGGAAGUGGAGAAAUUCCUCCACUGAGGGUCUGAUUGGGUGGGAGAGUCGCUUGUUGAGGACACAAAAAUUAAGAAACUAAUUUCUAGAGGCAGAUGGCUGCGCUAAUUCCCUUUUCCAGUUAUUUUUAGAAAAAUGGUUUGUCCAUAUAGAGAUUUAUUCCAUGAUAAAGAGGUGCUGAGAGACAUAUGUGACCUUAAUUAUAAGGAAAUCCUUACUGGAGACUUGUUAGCAAUCUCACUGUUACAAUAUGCUGGGCACUGUUCAUGGAGAAUGUCCAUCAUAAUAUAUUUUGCUUUAUCUUCUACCCCUCAGAUGCCAAGAAGCCAGUGGAAGUUAUUUUAAAUGUAUGUAUUUGAUCAUCACUUUAUUUCAGAUUUCUGUUUUGAAAUAAUGUAUGUCACCAGACAGAUACUGGAUGAAACUAUAGCGCGAUGUUAAAUAAAAGCCUUAUGACACUUCCAUAA